AUGUCAAAACUCUCGGGUGAGUCUGGCCUUUUUGGAAAUCAGACAUUAUUGAAGUAGUUUCGAAAAAAAGACAAAAAGCUUACAGAGGAAGAUCGUAUUCGAGAGGUUCUUCGUGAGUUAAAGUCGCGCGGAGACGUGGAAGACGUUCACGACGACAUUGAACGAAUUGAGAGUAUCCUGCGGAAUCCUCUUUUCAAUCACUUCACCAACAAGGUUUUUUUUCUUGUAGUUUUAUUGUUUUUCAGGUUCAAAAAAUCCUCUACCUUUUUUUUUAGUGCGUUGUGGUCUCACUAUUAUAAUAUAAAUUAAGAUUUGAAGAAUUUUUUUCAAGUUUUUUUUUUCCAUGUUUUAAAAUUCAAGAUAACGCGGCGUUCAACAGGAGGCUCAAUCUCACGGUUUACCCGCUGCCGCACGCUUUCUUUUAAAUUAAUUUUGCGCAUUUCUUAACCGUUUUUAAAUCGGGUUUUUGUUUUGAUAGAUUACCAAAACUGAGCUCAAUGUUUUGUCAUGAAUCUUUUGUACAAUUGUCAUACGAACUUUUGAUAAAAUAAUAAAAAAACUACUUACUACUUAGAAAAAAAGUCAGAAGGGAUUUUUUUCCGCUCAUUCUUUUCUUUUCUAAUCGGAAAAAAAUUAUUAUCACUAGACUUGGAAAAAUGAUAAACAAUCUCAUUUAAAAAUAAAACAUAAAAGAUUGAAAUUUUAUGACGAAAAACGGCUCCUGCAACAUUUAAAAGCGGGGCGUCGGUUUGUUUGACGCAAGCACAGCUACGAACAAGCGCACGAAUUUUUCCAAAAUGCAAAAAAAAAUUUUUGUUAUUUUUUUCGCGUCGCGAAUAUCUAAUGCCGUGUUCAAUUUGAUUCCGCGAAAUUCAAAAUACCCGUUAGAGAAAGGAAAAGAUCACUAAAUUUUGGAGAGUCAGAGAUCAUUUUGCAUUUCGCGGAAUCAAAUUGAACACGGCAUAACGACGCGUCGUUAGAUUUUUUUUUCUUUGUUUUUUCAUUAAGGUAGUUCUGAACGCUUUACUUAUCAAAAGUUUAGACGCGUUCCUGAUGUCUCACGGUUCAACGAGGUAG